CAAACUUAGAAAUCGAGAUGAUUGACCGUUGCGUAGUCAUAGUUCUUCGGGCUCUUUGGAAUUUCAGAAUUACACCUCUUCAUGCGGAACUCAGUGGAAGAAUUUGCCUCAAUAUAUAUAUAUAUAUAUAUAUAUAUGUCUCGAUCAUCUAAUAAUCCUCUCUCAAAACCCCAAAUAAUUUAAGUUCCUCUCUUUUUUUUCUUUUCUUUUUUUGAAUCUCAUCUAGUCGUCAUCUCCCUGCCCAAAGUACCUUACCCAAACACUGCCUAAAUGUUGACUAUUUUAGCUAUAAAUCCACCAGUACUGGAUCUCAGUUUCGAAACAUAGUAAGCAAUCAGCAAAAGAGAAACAAUGGAAGACUAUCAUACUUUUAACACUUUGAUCUUCUCUUUGGUUUCACUGAUUGUUUAUUCUGCUCUGAGAGUCAUCAAUGUGUAUUGGUGGAGACCCAGAAGCUUAGAGAAGCAGUUAAGAAAGCAAGGGAUCAGAGGAAGAUCUUACAGGCUUUUCCAGGAUGACAUGAAAGAGAUCAGUAGCUCCAACAUGGAAGCUUGGUCCAAACCCAUGUCCCUCAACCACCAGAUUGCCCCACGUGUCUUCCCAUUCUUCUAUCAAAUGGUUCAAAACUAUGGGAAAGUGAGUCUGUGUUGGAUUGGAACAAGGCCAAGGCUAGUAAUAGCUGACCCGGAGAUGAUCAAGUCGAUAUUAGCAGACAAGAAUGGACAUAUUAUAAAGCCACCACUGAACCCACUUGUCAAUCUUCUGCAACUCGGAGUUACAACCUUGGAGGGAGAGCAAUGGGCCAAGCGCAGAAGGCUCAUUAGCCCCGCCUUCCACCUCGAGAAAUUAAAGGGAAUGGUACCUGCAUUUGAAACCAGUUGUUGUGGCCUGAUCAGUCGAUGGGAUAAACUAGUUGCUGGUGAAGGGUAUUGUGAAGUAGAUGUGGCGCCUGAGUUUCAAAACCUCGCCGGCGAUGUCAUAGCACGAACAGCCUUUGGAAGUAGCUAUGAAGAGGGAAAGAAGAUAUUUGAACUUCAGAAACAGCAAGUUGUUUUAGUGCUUGAAGCCUAUUACGGUUUCUACUUCCCAGGUUUAAGAUUCUUCCCCACUAAAAAGAACAGGAGGAGGUAUAACUUGGACAAUGAAAUUAAAGGCAUAUUGAGGGACAUGAUCAGAAGGAAAGAGCAAGCCAUUGAAAAUGGAGAAGUGGGUGGCAAUGAUCUUCUGGGUUUACUGUUACAAUGCACAAAACAAGAGCAGAAUGGUAUGACAAUUGAGGAUGUGAUAGAGGAAUGCAAGCUGUUCUACUUUGCUGGCCAAGAGACCACGGCCAAUUGGCUGACUUGGACUAUGAUCGUCUUGUCUAUGCAUCCAAGCUGGCAAGGAAAAGCAAGAGAAGAGGUCCUGCGUGUCUGUGGAAACGAAACUCCCGAUUUGGAUGCCUUAAAUCACCUCAAGAUCGUAUCAAUGAUAUUAAACGAAGUUCUGAGGCUAUAUUCAACAGUGAGUGCACUCUAUAGGCACACCAACCAGAAAACCAACAUAGGAGGCAUUUCAGUCCCAGCUGGGGUUGAAUUUGUGUUGCUCACUCUGUUUCUUCAACAUGACCCCAAAUACUGGGGUGAAAUCGUUGAGGAAUUCAACCCGGAGAGAUUUGCCGAAGGAGUUGCAAAAGCAUCAAAGGAUCAAAUGGCGUUCUAUCCAUUUGGUUGGGGACCAAGAAUAUGUCUAGGCCAAACAUUUGCUGUGAUAGAAGCAAAGAUGGCCCUGGCUAUGAUUCUUCAACGUUUUUGGUUCGAGCUCUCAAGCUCAUACACUCAUGCUCCUGUUAUAGGCAUUACCGUUCAGCCUCAACAUGGAGCCCCAGUUAUCCUUCAUAGAAUUUAAGCUGCCAGAUGAAAUUUUUAGCCGGGAUUCUGAUGUUGUUCACAUCCAUUUAGUACCUAUGAUAAGACUAUUGUUGGCAUCACACUUGAUUUAUGAAAGUGCUGCCAAUAAUAAGGUGUAAUUGUGACUUGGGUCACAUCCAUUCAGUUCUUAUAAUAAAACCAGUUACUGGCAUCAA